AUGGUGAAUACGAUUAUAUUCUACCAAUACAACGUCGUGGAGGUAACUACGUGUAGGAACAAGGUCGAGGACCUGACGGUAUGGAUGCUCUUAAAGACGAUCGGCACCUUCAAGACGCGAGCCCCGCAACCUGAACCAGCGGCGAGGCUCUAUCUUGGGGGUGUGACGGCAACAGAAUCCCCCAAAUCGCAUCUUAUAAGGACCUUUGAAGCACCUUUGAUGUCACACAUCUCCUAUGGAUGCUUAUGUGUUUUGUUUGCAAAUCAGUUCGCGGAGCCCAAUAAUUUCAAGAAGCCAGCCUAG